CCAAAAAAAAUACUUUUUGUGAAAGCGUAACGCGUUUGAAACUACUGCGUCUCAUUAUUACUUUCUUACAAAAGAAAAUAUUUGAUAUAAUUAACAAAACAUGUACAUGAACUCUUGAUUUUCAGAAAUAACCAUAAAGUAAACUGAAGAACAUGGUGUCGACGAGGCAAAUGAGUAGCGUUGGAGGUAGCAGUGGUAGUAGUGAUGGUGCUGGGCCCUCGCAUGCGGAGCCAGUGGCUGUGUCCCGCGUGACUCGUCACUCUAGUGCUUUGCUCCCGGGUGGUUCUUCGCCGCAUUCCAGCUCUUCAAAGUGCAACAGCAUAGUACCGGCUCCGAAAAGUUAUACCACAAACUUACUUGAUUUGCCUAUUGAACUUGUGGAUAAGAUCUUUAGCUACUUGGGAUUCAAAACUGUCUCUCAACUCAGGAUGGUCAAUCGGCAAUUUAAUACCAUAUGUAGUUCUAUUUUAAAUUCUACUUUUCAACGGCUCCAAAACCAAAUGCUGCAUAGAUUUCAAUCUAUCAAAGCUAAGAUGCCACGGCGGGAGUCUGCUCGUAGGAGCCAUCCUUUAGCUUGUGAAUCUGAUAUAAUUGAAACACUGCAUAUGAGACUUAGUCUCUUGCAGAUGACAUUUGGAAAACACAUUGAAAGGAAACAUUGCUGUUUUUUCCCAGGAGAGAUUCUUGAUGAGGUAUACAGUAUACUGUCCUACUUAAAAACGACCACUAAAUUGGCGAGGCCUUAUAAAGUAACUGAUGAGCUCUUUGAUUUGACCACAAUGGCCAUGGAAUACUUCAAAGAGCACAUUGAACCUAAUUUGCCGGAGAUUACUUACUUUGGCACAGAUUUCUUUGACAUUACUACAGCUUUUUCUCCAGGUGAGAGUAGUAAGUCAUACAUGUGCUUGGAUUCACCCCCGCCGAGUGGCUUCGAGUCGUCUUCCCAGCAGCAGGGCGGAAACUCGUCGGGCGAUCGUCGUGUGUCUUCGCUCAAUCUCUACAUGGAGGAAAGCUUGCCACCUUCUCCGCCACCACCACAAAGCAAUAUGGUGCUCAGGAAACGGAUACACCGCAUCAAACAGGGAAUGAAAAAAUAUAACGAUCAAUUGUCAGCGCUACGUAGCGACCUUCGUAAUUGCAAACGCAAGACAGCUCUGCAACAAAAGCAAAUUGCUGAACAACAAAAACAAAUAGCUGAGCAACAGAAACAAACAUUGGAGUAUGCCAACCGGCUUGAUGAUUAUGACAAGAAGAAUGAGGAAACAAGCCGCAAGUUUCAAACUUUACUGCAGGAGUUGAAUAAAUGUAAAACGGAGCUACAAUAUUGGCGAUCUCGGUCACCAGCCGUUCCUCCAUUGUGUGCGGAAUGCGGAGCUUCGCUCAGCGUCUCCCCGGCGUCGUCUCUUUCACAAUGGACGGCCGGUACGAGCGCCGAGGCGAGUGAAGAGGUCCUCGGCGCCAGUUCGGCGGGGGCCAGCAGCGCGGGCGGCGCGGCGGACGCGGCCACCGAGCUGCCGACCAAGGCCGAGCUGAAGGCCGAGUCGAGCGGCGACGACAGCGGCACGCCGCCCUCCCGCCGCCGGGCCUCCGCCGACACCGCCGCCGGCACUCCCGAGCGGAAGAAGCGUCGCCUCACGCGUCCGCGCAAGCUUUGAGCGCCCGCCCGCUACCGCUUCCGCCUCCGCUCUCAUCCCGGCCGCGAUACCCGGCCCCGCAGGACCGACCGGCGACACCGAGCUGAUAGGUGAGUGGGUAGUGAUCAUACUAUAUUCACGGAGAAGAGCUGAUAUGGAAAAAAUGUUACUGGCAUACCAUUCACCGAGGAUAGAGGCAAAUAUUGAACACAAUAGCAGUCAUGAAGAGGGUUCUAUUGAGACUUUGUCAUUGUGUAGUUUGUAAUCAAAACAAUAUUGAAAAUAUCAAAUUAAGUUUACUGAAAAUUACAAACCACCACACUGUAUUGGCAUUUAUCUUAAUGCUCCUGUUGAUGAUCACUUAUCUUUGUUGUCUUCAUCUUUUCUAUGAAAAGAAAACACUUUUAUUAGCUUCUCUUUGUGAAUAGAGUGGACUCGCUUACUAGCUCGUAUUUGAUUGGCUAUGUGAUUAUAAGCCAUAAUUAGUGAUUCUGUUCAUUGGAAGCGGUCGCGUUAAUCGUUCUACGACCGUGUUCAUUAAUAUCCAAUACUGUAAUAAUCUUCGGCGGUAUACAGUAAACAUUCUGAAUGCGGUCAAAUAAUGCUGUAGAGGCAUGUUAGACUUUCAUGUAAGCCUAUCGUGAGAAAUUAGAAAAUAGAUUGUGGUUUUUGGUUUGAUAUUAGUAUGAUUUAUAUCAUUGACAGAACCAGAAAACCAUCAUCUGUCUUCCAUUAAUGCUUGUUUCAAGGAAUAUUUUUAUAAAACAACAUGGUUGAAACAAAGUUUGUUUUCGCAUGGCGAAUGAUGGAAUGCAUAGCUUUCCAUCAGUGAAAUCUCCACUAAUUAAUACUAAUGAUUAUCACUUUAUAAGUCUAUUCACAUGGAAGGUGUCGGACGAUAAAUAUUUCCAUCUAUUUUUGAGAAUUUGACUUAUUUGAUGGUGAGCUUUGUAUAAUAAUUCCAUGAAAUAAUAAGUCAGUAAGAUGGGUUAGGAAUAUGUCAUAAGAAAAUGCAUAAAGCAUGACUUGUUUAUGAAUUACUUAGUUGAUUAAAAUAAUGAUCUUUUAUUAACUUAUAAUAAUUAAUUUUUUGUAAGCAAUUCUGUGAUUAUUCUCAUUUGAGCUUGAGUUCGUAAACAUAAAUAUCCUGAUCUGUGUAAUUGCAGUUAUUUUCACGAAAUUUUAAUAAGAUUAUCUUAAUUGUAAUUUCUUCUAUUUUUUUGAAGUAAAAACAAGUUGUCUAAUAUUUAUUAACUGUGAAUAAUAUUUUAAAUUUGACAAUAUAUUCUUAUUGAUUUAAACCACAGAUAUGGACUUAAGUCAAUGUCGUAACUGCAUAUCGCAAUGCUUUUGCACAUCCUUUGCCUCCUUAAGGUAUCAUUGUAGUCCACAAAAUUUAGAUUGAAAGAAUAUCAAAGGGGUUGUUUAAUAUGAGUUCAAGAUCUACACCCA